AGAGAGAGAGAGAAGAGGAGAGAGUGACAAAGAGAGAGAGAGGUGAGCGGAGUUUGACAAUGGCCAGGUGGACUUUCCAUAUGGCGCUGGUAGACAGUGCCAAGGUUAGGGUUUGCCACAGCAGCAGGACGCUGGUGGACAGUGCCAGGGUGAGGGUUCGCCACAGCAGCAGUAGCAUCCCAGCUGCCAGGGAGGCAAUACCCCUGAGUUCAGUCAGGCCAUUCAAGGAGCUCCCCGGGACCUGGAAGAAUGGGAUGGUCACUGUGUACAACUUCUGGAAACUGGGCGGCUUCAAGAAUAUCCACAACAUCAUGGUUCACAACUUCAAUACUUUUGGACCCAUAUACAGGGAGAAAAUUGGUUCCUAUGACAGUGUAAACAUCAUCAAUCCAGAGGAUGCGGCCAUUUUGUUCAAAGCUGAAGGUCAUUAUCCAAAACGGUUUCGAGUUGAGCCCUGGACAUCCUACAGAGACUACAGGCACCGUGAAUAUGGAGUCCUCCUGAAGGACGGAGAGGAUUGGCGUUCCAACAGGGUGGUGUUGAAUAAGGAAGUGAUCGCCCCGAAGGUCCAGUGCAACUUUGUACCUCUUCUGGAUGAAGUCGGCCAGGACUUUGUGGGCCGUAUCUAUAAAAAGAUUGAAAGAAGCGGUCAGCGGUCAUGGACCGUAGACCUCCACCAAGAACUCUUCAAAUAUGCACUUGAAUCGGUGGGCUCGGUGUUGUACGGUGAGCGCUUCGGACUGUUGCAGGACCACAUCGACCCCGAGGCCAAGCGCUUCAUCGACUCCAUCACGGUAAUGUUCAAGACCACCACACCCAUGCUGUACAUCCCGCCGGGCCUGCUGCGCCGCCUGGGCUCCAGGGUCUGGACAGAGCACGUGGAAGCCUGGGACGUCAUCUUCAACCAGGCGGACCGCUGCAUCCAGAACAUAUACAGGGAGCUGAGGACAUCUAAGAGGGAGGACACUGUGGACCAGGGCAAAUACCCAGGAGUCCUGGCCAACCUUCUGAUGUUGGACAAGCUGUCCAUCGAGGACAUCAAGGCCAGCAUCACAGAGCUCAUGGCUGGUGGCGUGGACACUACGUCCACCACACUACUAUGGACGCUGUAUGAGUUGUCCAGGAACACUGACCUCCAAGAGGAGCUUAGGGCGGAAGUGCUGACCGCACGGCAGGCCUCACAGGGAGACCUCAUACUCAUGCUCAAGAGUGUGCCUCUGCUCAAAGCAGCCAUCAAAGAGACACUCAGGUUACACCCAGUUGCAGUGAACCUGCAGAGAUACAUCACCGAGGAUAUAGUGAUGCAGAACUACCUGAUACCAGCCGGGACUCUGGUCCAGUUGGGUCUAUACGCUAUGGGAAGGAGCCACAGGAUCUUCCCUCAUCCAGAGAUGUACCGCCCGUCUCGAUGGCUGCGGAGCGAGUCCCAGUAUUUCAGGAGCCUGGGAUUUGGGUUUGGCCCACGCCAGUGUCUGGGCCGACGCAUUGCUGAGACAGAGAUGCAGCUCUUCCUCAUCCACAUGCUGGAGAACUUCCGCAUCGAGAAACAGAACAAGGUGAAAGUGCAGAGUACGUUUGAGCUCAUCCUGGUGCCCGAGCGACCCAUUGUGCUGACUAUUAGACCUCUGAACAGCACUCAAUAACUACACAACACGGCACAGCACAGCACAGCACAACACAACACAACACUGCACAACACAACACAGCAAUUGGCACUGGCCCAUGAGGCAGAUCGCACUAGACCUCAUGCCACACAUGCCUUUAGCCAUGUUUACAUGGACAGUUUUUUUGUCAUUCCGAUUAAACUAUUCUGAUUGAAAAAUGUGUCGUCUGUUUCCAUGGGGUACGUUCUAUUCUGAUCAGGUGCUCUCAUGCGCUUUAGAAUCUUUGAUCGGAAUAGCUGUCGUUGCCUCCUUUUCCUUACCAUAUACAGCUGUUCAAUCUGUUUCUAAUCAGAUUCAAAGUGUCCAAGUAAACGUGGCUUUUGAGGCGUGAGAGUGCAGUUGUGAGAUGAGUUGACUAUUUGGAGAACAUGAGCUAGAUGAGAGAUCAUGAGAUAAUUUGAGGAAGCAGGAAAUCAUAUUUUAUAAGGAUCAUAUUUAUUUCCUUGCACCUGCAAAACAAGGAAGCAUGUGGAAGGUGUGAACUAGGUGUGAACAAGGAAGCAUGUGGAAGGUGUGAACUAGGUGUGAACAAGGAAGCAGGUGAAAGGUGUGUCAUUUAUGGAAGAUGUUCCUUCUUCCUUAAGUUGCAAAUGAUGUAAUAUUGGGAGUCAGGUGUCACAAAAACAAUAUUUGGAAUAUUUGUCACACUGACAAUCAUGCCCAAACUCACACAAACACACCUCCCGUCACACACUCAGAGAAGACUGUGGAGGGAGAAAGUAGUCCCCAAACCUGGGCCUAAUUAGCCUGACGAGCCAGAC